CUAAUCAUAAGCUUAUUUUUUUAAUAUCAUAUGACCCUGAGAUAACUCUUGCAGCAACAAGAAACAGUGAGCUAGUAACAACUUAUUGCUGCAUAGCUCCCCUAAUUCUAUUUCCUAAAUGAAAAUAAUUGUUAACGAUAUUUCUUUUUUAAACAAUUGAUCGAAUUUCAAAAUGGGUAAUACGUUAUGCACUAUGUAGAAACGUUAAAUCAAUAGAACUAACUUUAAAAACGAAAUAUGUUUGCAUUACGUAAGAAGAGUAACACGUAGAGCCGUGUAAGGAAACACGUGUGCAUAAAAAAUUCUAAGUGACAUUCUUCGGGGAACUUUGUAUUCUCGUGUCUUACAUAACCUAAAACAUGGUUCGCUUUAAGAAUAGAUAUAUAACAUUUGAGAUAACUCCCGCCGAUAAAUCUGAUAAGCCUUUCCCGCUAAAACUUAUGGCUUUGCACGUUGCUAUUCAACAAAAAGUAUCACAAUUGUACGGCGAUUUUGGUGCCGCAGCGAUGAAAGCUGGUUUCACUGCAAAAUAUUGCAAUAUACACACAAAAAUUGCUUUGGUAAAAAGCAGACACGGUCCACACAAGUUUCUAUUAAAAACUAUUCCAAUCAUAAAUGAUAUCGCGGGACGUUUAGUAUCGGUAAAGAUACUUUAUGUUGGUGCAACGUUAAAACAUUGUUUUCUUUUCAUCAAAAAAUAUCAACAACAGAAAUUAGAACAAAUAUGGUAUACCUUGAGAACCGAAACGGAACGAAAAAAUAUGCAAGAAGCUUUAAUGACAUUAAAUCCAGCUGUGAAGGAGUGCACGUGAUACAAAAUAAAAUAAUGAAAACAUGUGAUUAUAUAGAUAUAUGAAAGUUGAAUAAAACCACAAUUUAAAUGAAA